CUUGUAAUCCAAAAGAAGAGGACAAAUCUCAGGAGGAAGCAGGCUCAAUCCACAUCUGUGAACUGAGGCUAAGAAAGAGUGAAGAGCUGCAAACAGGCCACCUUUGAUAAGCUAACUCUUGAYAAGAUGUGGAAAAGGACGAAGAGCUCGGGCCAGUCCACCACAAGGCCAUGUUUCUCACUUGUUCACCAAUACAUUCUGCAUUUUAAUGAGGUUUCUGGCAACAAGUCAGCUGCCAUCCGGAGAAGAUCUAAGACACCCGGAGUGAUGAUCACACAGAACACAACAUGUUUGCCAGAGGGUAAAAGCACUCCAGAUUUUCAGUGUAAACCAGCACCAGUUACCGUUCAGGAAGGAAAAAUAGCUGUUUUCAAGGCCGUGGUGACGGGAAAUCCAACACCUGACGUGUCAUGGAGACGAGCCAGAGGAAGUCUCUCAGAGAAGGACAAAUUUCAACAAAAGUACGAUGAAUCAACAGGAGAACACACAUUAGAAAUCCAUGCAGUAACCGCUGAAAAGGCAGAUACCUACAAAUGCUAUGCUGUGAAUGAAUAUGGCAAAGCUGUCUGCUCAACAACAUUAAAAGUGAUUGAUGGUUCAACAAAUCCUGAAGAUUUCAGAAAAUUGCUAAAGAAAAGUAAAGUAGAGACCGCAAAUGGAGAUAAUGAAAAGUUUUGGGAUGCAAUGCUGAACGCAGACAGAAGAGACUACGAGCGCAUCUGUUCCGAGUAUAACGUCACGGAUCUGCAAAUGAUUCUYAAAAAGCUUGAAGAGAAAAAAACAGCAAGAGAUCAAAACAAGGAUCAGGAUGGUGUCAUUUGCUACAAUGCUGAUUCAGAGAAACUUGGCAUCAGGAGCCCUGGGAAGACAAAUGAUACUAGAAAUAAUAGGUUGCUGCAAAAUGACACAGAUCUGAACUCAGAGGAUGUUGAAGAAGUCAACCAACACAACAAAGAGCUAAACCAAACCACUGCAGAAGAGGACCUACUCCCUACAGAGUUCAAACUUUCCAAUGUGGAUUUUGUUUUAAAAAUUCAAGAAAUUAAAGCUGAAGAAGGAGAUGAUGCCCUUUUUGGGUGUGUUCUGACACACCCCCUACCUAAAAUAACAUGGAUGAAGAAAGGUGCYGCCCUGGAAGAUGGAGAGAAAUACAGGAUAACUGUGUCUGAAGACAAACUGAUUCACAAGCUGCURAUUAAAGACUGCAGAAAAUCAGAUAAGGGGAUCUAUUCGGCUAUAGCUGGUAUGACAUCUUGCAGUGCCUGGCUGGUGGUGAAAGCUCAGAAAAAUCUUUUAUCUGGUGGUAAGAAGGAAUUUUGCAAAACUGUCCUGGCUGGUGGAGCACAAACUGACCUGGAGAGRGUGGCCAAAGAGCAGCAAAUGAAAAACCAACAGGAAAUGGAGAAGAUCCUAAAAGCUGUAAAAGCAAAACACUCAGCAGGAAAAACAAAAGACAACGUGUCAUUACACACUGGAACAGACCGGAAGGAAAAUGAGCGAAAAGAGAACAAGCAAUGCAAAAACUCAGAAGAUGAUGCUGUAACAAACUUGGAUGAUUUGGAGAGUGAAGUGGAAGAAGAGGAGCAACUGAGAGCAGGAGGCAUCAAGAGCGAAAGGCACGCCAAAGCACAAGUGGGCUUCAGUAAGGCAACAGAGUUCAGUGAUGAAUGCACCUAUGUGGACCAGAAACAACUAUUAAUCAUGAGUCAAAAUCAAAUGGAUAAGUCCAGCAGAAAUAAAUCCUCCAAAACAUCUGUCAAAURUCAGAAAAAACACAAGAAGGUUCACUGGAAAGACCAUCCAUCAGAUCUAAAUGAAGCAGCGAGUGACAGCGACACUGAUGAGAAUGAAGAGUCCUCUGAUCAGAAAGAGCAACAAAAAAUUUCAAAACAAAAAAAGUUAAAGAAAGAAGUUGGAGAAAUGUGCUCAGACACUGAUUCAGAUAAAGCAGCAAGUGACAAUGAACCAAGUGAAAUGGAUGAGGAUGAGGAUGAGUCAAUUGACCAUAAAAAGCAACAAAGAAGUUCAAAUCAAAGCAAAAAGUCAAAGGAAGCUGCUGGUGAUCCAAAUGAAAUGUCAAGUGACAAUGAACCAAGUGGAACUGAUGAGAAAAAGGAAUUGUUGACUGACCAGAAAAAGCAACAAAGAAGUUCUAAACGGAUCAAAAAGUCAAGGAAAGCAGCUGAUGGAGAAAAUACAUAUCAUGUGAACCACGGUCAGUGUGAGGAGACAGAAGGCGUGAAGGACUUGUCCACCCGCACAAGACGUAAAAGACCGAGCCCUCUGGUCGAGGAUUUUGUGAUUGAUCCAGGGGUUCAGUUCGUUUGUGGCUUGUCUGAUGUCGAUGCCAUCAUCAAUGAAACUGCUGAGUUAACGUGUAAACUUAGCAGUGAGGACUGUGAGGGAKUCUGGUUCAGAGAUAACAAAAAGAUUUUCCCAGAUGACAAUUUCYUGAUCACUAAAGAUGGACCGAUCUAUAAACUUGUGAUAAUGAAGUGCAAAGAAGAACACUCUGGGAAAUACCGUUUUGAAGCAGAUGGGCGGAAAACAGAAGCAAUGGUCAACGUCAAAGAUCCUCCUCGAUUUGACCCUGAAGAACUCAGUGCUUUUGCUGAGCCUCUGACAGUUAAAGUAGGGCACCACGCUUUCUUCAAACUCCAAUUUGUUGGCCACAAGCCAAUAAAAAUCCAGUGGUACAGAGACGGCGAUGAGCUCCAAGAAGACAACAACACAAAAAUAGAGAAGUCAGCGAGCCACAGCCGCCUCCUUCUGAGCAGAUGCCAGAGGAAAGACACCGGGGAGAUCAAGAUGAAGCUGAAGAACGAUCACGGCUUUACUGAGGCACGCUCACAGCUUAUUGUAUUUGACAAGCCAACUCCACCCCUGGGUCCAGCAGAAGUGAUGGAGAGCUCAGCUUCAUGCAUUGAAUUCAAGUGGCGGCCUCCAAAGGACGAUGGAGGCUCACCAAUAAUCAACUACACACUAGAGCGUCAGCAAGUGGGACGAAACACCUGGAAGAAAAUAGGAGAAGCUCCAGGCGUGCCCAGUUUCCGGGACACUGACGUGGACCGCGGACGAAAAUACUGUUACCGCAUCCGAGCGGUGACCUCAGAGGGGAUAAGUGAAGUGAUGGAGACUGAUGAAAUGCAGGCGGGCAAGUUUGCUUUUCCAGGUCCUCCAGCACCUCCCAAGGUGGUCAGUGCAUUUAACGACUGCAUCAACCUUUCGUGGCUUUCACCAGCCAACACCGGGGGGUCUCGCAUUCUGGGCUACAUUUUGGAGAAACGUAAAAAAGGGAGUAACCUCUGGACUGUUGUGAACGCAUCGAAUGAGAUAAUAAAAGAGAAGAAGUAUGCAGUGAAGGAUGUUGUGGAAGGCAUAGAGUAUGAGUUCAGAGUUUCUGCUAUAAACCUCUCAGGCGCGGGGGAAUUUAGCAACCCAUCCGAGUUUGUUUUUGCCCGGGAUCCAAAAAAGCCUCCUGGUAAAGUAACAAGCCUGAAGGUGACAGAAACGUCUUACUCCAAUAUGGUCGUGACUUGGAUCAAACCUGAGGAAAAACCAGGCGAGCAGGAUGAGGCUAAAGGCUAUUUUGUUGAGAUCCGGCAGGCAGAUUGUGUUGAGUGGUCCCGCUGUAACAGCACCCCUAUCAUCAUGACUUCCUUUAAUGUGAAAGGCCUCCGGUUCAUGGAAAUGUACUGGGUGAGAGUCAUUGCUGUGAAUGAUGGAGGAGAGAGUGCACCUGAGGAGCUGCCCAGAUACAUCCUUGCAAUGCCUUUACCUGUGAGGCCAAAGUUCACAAACAAGAAGACAAAGAGUUUCAUUGUGGUGAGGGCGGGGAACUCUGUUAGGAUCACAGUAAACUUUGAGGCCUCUCCUCAGCCAGACAUUAGUUGGUUAAAAGACAACGUGCCUGUGUCGAAGCGUGUGACGAUCAGUAACUCAGAUAGUUCGUCUCAGCUGCUGAUCCCCACCUCAGAGCGCUCUGAUUCUGGCAUCUACUCCAUCUUGGUGAAAAAUCUGGCCGGACAGGAAACGUUCAGCACAGAGGUUAGAGUAACAGAUGAUCCAAAGCCUCCUGGACCGGUGGAACUGGAGGAAAGCGUGUCUGGUACAGUGACGGUGAUCUGGCAACCUUCCCCUGACGAGAAGCGUGAUGACCGUCUCCACUACACUGUUUCCAAACUGGACUCAACCAAACACACGUGGACCACAGUGGCUGACAGGCUCUUUAACAACAAGUUGACAGUUUGCAACAUAAUGCAGGGGAGGGAGUAUCACUUUCGGGUGUACGCCAAAAAUGACAUGGGCAUAUCGGCACCCUCAGAGUCACCAACAUGGGGCAAGGAGAAGAAGAAAGAAAAACAUGUGAUAACUGAACCAACAAGUAAGGAUUGUGAUUUGCGAUGCGCGCCGACGUUCAUCGUUCCGCUGAAGCUUCAAACUGCGACAGUGGGUUUUGAAUGCUAUAUGAGCUGUGCGGUGAAGGGAAACCCCUCACCUCGCAUCACGUGGUAUCGAAACCACGUCAGUCUAAACACGGACACCAACUAUUACAUCUCCAACAUCUUUGGAGUUUGCUCCUUAAUGAUCUUCUGGGUGGGGCCCAAAGACGCAGGGGAGUACACAGUUACUGCAGAGAACAGCUUAGGACGAGCCGAAUGCUCCACAGUGCUCAACGUCAGAGAGUGAAGAAUCUAAUGGAAUCUCUGACUACAGAUUACAACUUCUGGCAAAAAGUAUGGAAUCACCAGUCUGGGAUGAGCACUCAUUCAGACAUUUCAUUCUGUAAAACAAAUUCAGAUCAAAAAUAUGAUCAAGGUCAUUCCAAACUGCAACUUGUUGGCUUUCAGGGACACUCAAAGAAAUGAAGUGCACACACUU